AUGUCAUUUGGAUUGACUAAUGCUCCUGCAUACUUCAUGAAUAUGAUGAACAAGGUGUUUAUGGAGUUCUUGGAUAAAUGUGUGGUUGUUUUCAUUGAUGAUAUAUUGGCGUUCUCCAAGAAUAAGCAAGAGCAUGAGGUGCAUCUGCGUCUGGUAUUGGAGAAAUUGAGGGAACAUGAAUUGUGUGCCAAGUUUAGCAAAUGUGAGUUUUGGCUGGAUGAGGUAGCAUUCCUUGGACAUGUUGUGUCAGGUAAUGGAGUUGCAGUUGACCCAUCUAAGGUUGCUGCAAUUACAGAGUGGGAGACACCCACGACAGUUGGGGAGAUUCGCAUUGAGAACUUUUCCAAGAUUGCAAAGCCUAAAACUGAAUUGUUGAAGAAAGAGAAGAAGUUUGUUUGGACUGAUGAAUGUGAAGCCAUCUUUCAGGAAUUGAAGCAACGUUUGGUUACAACACCAGUCUUAACUUUGCCAGAUAUACAUAAGGACUUCCAGUAUCAUCCUGGAAAGGCUAAUGUUGUUGCUGAUGCGUUGAGUCGUAGGAGCCAUGCUAAUGCAAUUAAUGUUGAUAAUAUGCCACCCGAGUUAUGUGAGCAAUUCGGGAAUCUCAGGUUGGAGAUGGUUCCUAAAGGAUAUUUGGCAACACUUGAGGUAAAAUCUACUUUACUUGACAGGAUCAGAGAAGCUUAA